ACUGGAUCGGAGCAUGCUAUGACGACAAAGUGGAUACCUUUGACCGUGACAGCCGCAGGGGUGACACCUCUCCCCAGACCAACUGGUCGGACCCCGACAAGCAGCAGAUGCACCGACGACCGAGCAAGCACCCGUGCCGCUUCUGUCCUCACUCAUGCCCUUCCGCAACGGCUGUCGCCAUUCACGAGAGGACUCACACUGGCGAGAGGCCCUUCAGUUGCGGUGACUGCGAGAAAACGUUUUCGCGGAAGUCUCACUUGAUAGGUCACGUUAGAAUUCACACCGGAGAGAAGCCGUUCAAGUGCAGCACGUGCAGCAGGGCGUUUACUCAGAAAUCCGAUUUGACGAUUCAUGUGAGGACUCACACCGGAGAGAAGCCGUACAGGUGCAACACGUGCAGCCGGGCGUUUAAACAGAAACGCAGUUUGAUGGGUCAUGAGAGGACUCACACAGGAGAGAAGCCGUUCAAGUGCAACACGUGCAGCCGGGCGUUUAAACAGAAACGCAGUUUGAUGGGUCAUGAGAGCACUCACACAGGAGAGAAGCCGUUCAAGUGCGAGACCUGCGGUAGAGCGUUUGCGGCUGAUACCAAUUUACGCAGUCAUCGGAAGACACAUCGGAAGUGA